CUAAGCCCAAACGUUAGAAAGAUGAAUACGAGAGAAGGUGUUGGGAGCAGUGGUGCUCAAACGCAGAACAAGUACAAGGGGGUGCGCCGGAGAAGAUGGGGCAAGUGGGUGUCAGAGAUUCGAGUUCCUGGCACCAAAGACCGGCUUUGGUUAGGCUCCUAUUCAACCCCAGAGGCAGCUGCAGUUGCCCAUGACGUUGCUUUCUAUUCUCUGCAUAAACCUUCUUCCUUGGCCUCUAUCAACUUCCCUUCGUUGUUGCCCCCAGGUAACAUCAGUUCAGGCAGCUCGCCCAGAUCUAUACAGAAGGCAGCAUCGGAUGCUGGCAUGGCCAUAGACGCCCGUGUUAGGAUGACUGGGAACCAGCUGGUGGAAAAUUACGCGAAUUCCGGGAAUAUUCAUCGCCACAUGGAGUUGGAGGACGAUUGUUUUGGGUCAUGGGAGGGAACUGAGAUGAGAGACGGGGAGGCUUUGAGCAUUUCCGUUGAGGAUUAUCUCUAGAUCAUAUAUAUGACCAACGAUUCUUAGUUGCUGUACUUCUCAUCCAUUUCCCGUUACGUAAAGUUAUGUUGACUAUGAAUACAAUGAUGCGUACAUC